AUGCCUUCGUCACCUUCAAACGAGCCCACCAAGACCACCAAGCGGAAAGGCACCCGCAGCGUCUCGACCCUCACGCCCACGCAGCUGGCCAGGAAACGCGCCAAUGACCGCGAGGCGCAACGCGCCAUCAGGGCGCGCACCAAGGAGCACAUCGAGAAGCUCGAGCGCGAGCUGGAGGAGCUCAAGUCGGGCGGCGCGCAGAGCCGCGACGACGUCGUCAACAACCUGCUCAAGAAGAACCGCGCGCUGGAGAAGGAGAUCCAGUUCCUGAGCGACAAGCUGCGCGAGGUCGGCGCUGGCAUGCCCCCCACCACGUCCCAGCACUACCCUCCUCCCGAGAACAUGGCCGGCGCACCCAGCUCCGGCGUCUCGAGCCGGGCCUCGUCGUUCGGCCAGAACUCUGGCGACUUCAGCAACGGCGUCUCGUACAUCCCCACCUCGGAGCCCCGCGAGCCGUGGUCCGCCGUCCUGCCCGUGUCCGUGCCGUCGACCGUGUCGAGCCCUUCGUCGACGGGCAACGACGAGUACCGCUACAUCCCGACGACGGUCGGCCCGCUCCUGGACACGUCGUGCAUGCCCACGUCGAUGCCCUUUGUCAAGGGCCACGACAGCGAGUUUGACGACAUCGACAGUGACUCUGGGUACGCCCCUGGCCUCCCUUCGACCAUGCCUGGGCACUACGUCGCGCAGCAGUCGUGGCCCAUGUACCCGGUCUACUACCCGCAGUCGCCUGCGCUCUGA